UCCUCCUGUCCAUCCAUCCGUUCGCCGGUCUACUAUCGUGUGUGUGUGUGUGUGUGUGUGUGUGUGUGUGUGUGUGUGUGUGUGUGUGUGUGCUGAAGCGUCAUUCUCCUCCUUUCUUCUUUUCAGUGAACGCGCAUCACUUGUGAGAAGCGAACGGCUUGUUGAGACGCAGAAGUUUCUCAGCUCGGUUCGGCUCGGCUCGGCUCGCUCUCCCGCGAAUUUCUUCUGUUCCUCCACCCCGGUUUCAUUUUUAUCCUCAUCCUCACUUUCUUUUUUUCCAGACUCGAGGACUCAGUCGGGGUGUGCUGCUCAACACUGGGCGUAGCUGGAGAGGAUUUUGCUAGCUCGCCGCUGCACUGACUGACUGACUGACUGACUGACCAGACCCUGCUGUCUCCACAACGCCUGUAGACCUGUGGCCAUCUUGUGAGAUUGAAGUCAGCCGUGCAGAGACGGACCACUACCACUCAAGGGGAGAUGAAGCCGGAUGGGGUUUCCACGGCAGCGCUGGGGCCAAUGGAAACAUUGGAAUCCAACCUAGUAAAUGAGGCAGCACCAGCCGGAGGACAGGAGCCCAACCAGGCAGCCAGUCCAGCAGAGGAGGGGAUGCCACAGCAGCCUGUAGGAGAGCCGGGCCAGCUGGAGCCCCAGCCAGACCAGGCUAAGGAACCCCCCGCUGCAAAGCCCUGUAACGAGCCUUCGGGAGACUCCAAAGCCAAGACUACCAACAAGGCCAUGGCCAAGACAAAGCCUGGCGCCACCAGCCCAACCAAGACCGCAUCACGGCCCAACACGUCCCAGAGCCGCCUCUCAAACGGCACGUCUAAGCCCCAGACCAACGGAGUGGCUAAGAAGACCGCGCCUGCUGCAGCUGCGGUCAAAAAGAGCACCCAGACCCCAGCUCUCUCCAAAAAACCAACAACCACGACCACGGUCCUAGCCUCCAAGAGCAAAGUGGGUGAGAAGAAAGCCACAGGGGCCGCCCCUGCCACCAACGGCGCAAAGUCGAUGACCGGAACAACGGCAGCCAAGAAGACCGCACCUGCAAAUGCUAAUGGUGUCAAGACCAGCACCAGCAGCACUGCAGCUGCUGCUAAAAAGCCCCCAGCUCCUAAGACCACCUCUGCAACUCCCACCAAGCCUAGCUCUGCUGCCUCGCCCAAGCCCGCUGUUUCCAAGACAACCAGGCCUCCAAUUGGCUCGGCACCAUCAUCUCGCCCUGCCACAGGCGCGACCCGGCCGCCCGCUGGAAGCACAGCCAAGAGCUCCCCAGCUGCAGCCAAACCUGCCGCCCCUAAAACCCCCAACACUGCCUCCGUCAAGCCGGCCGCCUCCAAACCAACCUCCACUACCCCAUCUGGUGGCAAACCUCCAGCGUCACAAACAUCCAGAAAUGUAACCCCUGUGAAGAAAGAUGUUACCAAACCAGCCACUUCAGCAUCCAAAAAGCCUGCGGAUUCCCCCCUUACUCGCCCUUCCACUACAAUGAAGUCGGCAAAACCUGAGACCCCCAAAUCAGCCUCAAAAUCAGACGUUGCCUCCAAAAAGCCUGCUGCAAGUAAGGCUGCAGAUACAAAGACACCCAUCCGCUCCAAAACAGACAGUAAGCCGACACCUUCCAAGACCCCUGGCUCCAAACCGGCCGCAGCCAAGGCCUCCACCCCCAAGAAAACUGUGGGCAGCAGCACCCCAACUCCAGUGAAACGCGGCCCCAAAGCUGAAAAUGUUGCAGAAGCUGGAAAGGAAAUAGCUGCUGCUGUAGCUACGGCCGCGGCCAUCGCUACAGCGGCAGCUUCCAUCGCCGGGCCAGAGGUACCAGAACCAGAACCAGCUGUGGAGAAAUCUGCUGCAGAUGCAUCAGAACUGAUCUCCAGCCAGACAGAAGCAGUCCAAGAGAAAACUUCAGACCCCACACCAGAGCCUGUUCGGGAACCGACACCGGAGCCUGUUCGGGAACCGACACCGGAGCCUGUUCGGGAACCGACACCGGAGCCUGUUCGGGAACCGACACCAGAGCCUGUUCGGGAACUAACACCGGAGCCUGUUUGGGAACUAACACCGGAGCCUGUUCGGGAACCGACACCAGAGCCUGUUCGGGAACCGACACCAGAGCCUGUUCGGGAACUAACACCGGAGCCUGUUUGGGAACUAACACCGGAGCCUGUUCGGGAACCGACACCAGAGCCUGUUCGGGAACUAACACCGGAGCCUGUUCGGGAACCGACACCAGAGCCUGUUCGGGAACUAACACCGGAGCCUGUACGGGAACCAAGUCCAGACCAAGUGCGAGAAACAUCUCCCGAGCCUCUCCCAGAGCCGCUGUCUCAGUCAUCAGCGGAUGCUGAUCUCGGAGCUGAACCAGUUUAUGAAGACGAGUCCAACGCUCAGCUGUCCGCUCAGCUGGACCUCUUCACAUUCCAGGACUCUGCCAGGGACUCCGUUUCCUCCCUGGGAACUACGGUCAUGUCCCCUCCUUGCUCCCCACCGGGCCCCGUUUCCCCCGUCAGAGAGCCGCAGAACGCCUCCUCUCUGCUGGAUGUCCAUGCCCAGUCUGAUCCCUGGGACAGGAACCAUGCCCCAGAUCUGUCUGACUUUGCUCCCCAGAGCCUCGUCAAUGCGAUAAACUUCGACAUGGAAGAGGAAACGGAGAAGAAAAACCAGUUUGAGGCUCAGAAGAGCGAGGAGGAGGAAGAGGAGGAGGACGAAGAAGAAGAGGAGAAGGAUAACUUGUGUAUGCCCGCCUCCACAGCUCCAUCUGCAGAGGCCUAUAACACGAUGGCACAGCCUCACUCGCCCAUGGACGAUUUCCCCCAAAGGGGUCUGAUGUCACCGCAUGAAAAGGAGGAAGCCGUGGAAAAGGCUGACGAGGAGAUAAACGAAGACGACGAUGACGAGGAUUACGAAGACGAGGAGCAGAGGAGGCUAGGCCACCAGCCGUUGUCCUUCGCUACCGACAUGAGCACGUCUCAGCCCUCCGAGGAGCUCCAGGCCAGGUCCUCGGCCUUCGGCGGUUCGGCGGGUUGGCACGGCGACGACCAGCUGUCCGGCAUGGACUCGGAGGACGUGAGCAGCUGCGGAAGCAGCCGGCAGCACGGCGUGUCGGACCUCAGCAGCACCCAGCACACGGCGCUGCUGGAGGGCACGCAGAGCUCGGACGCCCUGGUGGACUCCAGCCUCCGUGGCUCAGAGGGAGACGCCAACAUCAUGGGCUCGCCCAACGUGGAAACACUCGCCAACGAGGAAGAGGAAGACGAGGAUGAGGAGGACGAGCGGGUGGACGAUAUGGACCUGAGUUCAGAGAGAGUGGAGGAGCAUCACAAGGUGUUCCAGCAGCGGGAGCGAGAUGAGAACGACGAAGACGAAGACGUAGAGAUGCACAGCGAAGGAGUGACAGAGAGCGCCGAGAAUGUAGAUGAUGACGACUUUAACGAGGAGGAGCGUUUAGACAACCUAAACCGCGCCGGUCCCGCGCCCUGCGCCCCCCCUGCCUCCUCCUCCUCCUGGGGCCAGACCAGCCCCUUCUGUGACCCCUGGGCUCAACCAGCCUCGCUGCUCGCCGCCUCCUCCCCCAGCCCAGUUUCUGACCACGGUGCGGCCGAGUCUGAAACGCCCAUCCUGUCUCCGGCCCUGGCACAUUUCGACGCCGGUGCGCCUUCCUUCGCUCCUCGGUCAGAGCGCGAGUCAGCACGCGAGGAGGAGAUGAAGAGCUCCGCGGAUGACGAGGCUCAUGUCCUGUUCGCCGCCGCCACCGUCGGCGUGGCCGCGCCCGGUGGCGGUGGCGCUGGUCCGGCCACCCACAGCAGCAGCGAGACGAGCACGCCGGAGGAACUCCGCGACUACGACAGCAGCUCUGGCGUGGAGUCCCGUUCCGACAAACAGCAGACGCCGGUGCCGGCGUCGAUGCAGCCCGACAUGGAGCAGGAUCUGGGGAUCCACCUGGAGAAAGGGGAUGGAGAAGAGGAGGAGGCAGAGACGCUCCCCGCCGACGAGGUCCCGGGAAACGGACCCCCGACUGCUCCGGCGUCCGCGCCGUCUUCCGCCUCCACCUCGGGGGACGAGGCCAGCGACACGGAGGGGGAGAUGCAGAUAAACGACCCCGAUGCACCGACAAUGCUGGACAAGAGCGCCGGCUUCGAAAGCCCGCCUCCCACCUGUAGUCUGCCCGCUCUCGAGGAAGACGAGGAGGCCACGGACGCGCCUGCCGGAUACGGCGAAGAAGACGGAGGGGGCACCACGCCUCAGUCGGCCAACUCGGUGGCGUCUUACGGCUUCGACUGCACCACGUCCAACUCCAACGCCCACUCCAUGGCCGAGAGCUGCGGGAAGAGCCCGGGCAUCUUCUCCCUGGAGAACGAGGAGCAGCUGCCCGACGAAGCCAAAGACCCCUCGCUCAUCAAGGAGCUCACGCUGCCGUCUGCUGCCACGGCCGCCCAGGCUGAGGACCUGCUAGGCAGACCAGUGGACCUGAUGCCUUUGGGACACCCUGGAGACGAGCACCACUACAUGUUCGAGGGAAAGAUGGCGUCCGCAGACCACCUGGAGGACGUGGAUCCGUUGGAGCCCAGUCACCGCCUCGUGGGCGUGGAAUCUGGAGAGCCUGGCGACAGCCAGCAGCCCUACUACUCCACCAUAUGUGAUAAGACUGAUAGUUUUCUGGCAGGUAACGUAUAAGUCCCUCCUAUUACCCCUGGAAUGCACCUUUUCCCCGCAACCCUCUCCCUUCUGUUACCUGUUUGUUUGUUUUCUCUCCAGUUGGGUUAGCUGGCUUAGACGAAAAAAGGAGAGCAAGAUUGUAGGAAAAGAUUUUUAAAAAAAUAUGGAGAUGGGGGACGAAAAAAUGAAAUGACUGUAGCAAUUUUUAAAAGAAGCCUCCCUCUUUCAUACUGUUACGGUCGUGGUUACGAGUGUAUGGCUUAAACUCCAUUAUGUACUAUAGCUACUACCGAUUUCUAGUAGAAUGCUCUUUUUAAGUAACACUGCAUAUCCUGUAGCCCCUGAUGGGGCAUUGACUGAUUGGUCCAACUGUGACUGAGCUUAAAAACCGACAAAAAAAGGAAGAAAAAACCACACACAGAUGGAAUGAAA